AUACAGGCACAUAAUUCUGAACUUAAAACCCCUAUACUUAUUUUUUUAUAUUUUAAAAUUCGAAUAAAAAAUAUUUUUGGAAUGUCGUAGUCGCGGGAAAUUUAAUCGCUUAGCGGGAAACGAAAUAAAAGUGUAACGGAAUUUCAAAGUAGAUAAUUUUGCAAAAUUGUGAUUGAAUCAUAAUGUCCGACUCAAAAAAAGGCUGUAAAUCAAAAUUUAUUACGAAAAAUGUCACUGAUUUAUUAAAUGAAAGUCAAUUCGUUAAAAAUAAAAAGAAACCACUGAAACGACAAAAACUAGAUGCCACUGAAGAGGAAGAGGACAUUUCCAAUCUAAUUGGUUUGUAUCAAGCAAAUGCAAAAAAGAAUAAACCUGAAGCAGAAUUUGAUGCUAAGGAAUCACGACAAAAGUUGCUGGAGGUUAUGACACAGCAACUAGAGACAAGAAAACAAGUUAGCUCAAACUUCUUGAAAAGUUUAUUGGACAUUAUAAGUCAAUUGGAUGCUGACUACGAAGUAUUGAAGGAAAAUGAACAAAAACUUGAACACCUUGCUGGUGUAUUCGUAAAGUGCAUAAAACAAACUAGUUCGGCUCAGAGGCAGAAUCUUAAGGCUUUGAAGGAUAUUCAAGCAUUGUUUAAGAAAGAGUGUGACCAAAUGGAGACUGAUCAUAAAGCUGAAACGGGUAAACUAGCUGAUGAGUUAGAAGCAGACAUGAGCAAGCUCCAACAGCAGCUCAUAGCAGAAACCAAACGCAAGCAGUUUGAAAACUUGCGAAGAACUAUUUUUCAUGCCAUUCAGAAUGACUUGUAAUUUGAUAAGAUUCAUUGUAUUUUGUUUAACUUGUGCCUUAUGUGUAUAAUCGCAAUAUUUUUAAUACAGACUUCUUUAUUUUAACCUUUCUAUAAUAAAAUGUUACUUCAGUACAUGAAAUAAUUAAAAUAUUUCUUUUUAUACUUUUUGUUAUUAUUUAUUAUCUUACUUUUUGAACUUUUGAGUACCUAUAAUAAAAUAGCCAUGUUUCUUGCUACCUACAGGAGUAUUAUUCCUUAUUCUAUGGUAUAGCGUGGAAGGCCUCCUGAUUCGCGGCGCAAUGAAGCCCGACGAUCGCCCAGUGUGGUUCGACGUUUACAGAGCUUUCCCGCCAAUUGUAGAGCCCAAGUUUGCUAAACCCAAACCAGAAAUUAAACCUAUAA